AUGAACACUAAAACACACGAGUAACCCUUAUUUUAGCAAAAAACUAUUUAUAGGCGGUCUUCCUUCAGAGCUGAAAGAAGAAGAAAUAAAGAGUUAUUUCAGCAGAUUUGGACGUGUUGAAAAGUGUUCUUUGAUACUCGAUAAAAACACAGGACGGUCGAGGUGCUUUGGUUUCGUUACUAUGGUAAACCAAAGCUCAGUUAGGGUUAUUUUAAGUAGAAAACAUUCACUUUUAGGUAAAGAAGUCGAGUGCAAGCCUGCUUUUCCGAAAGAAAAAAACGAAAAAGCCAAUAGGAGCCGAAAAAUUUUUGUAGGGGGUUUGCUUCCAGAAGUUACGAAUUCUGAGUUUUAUGCUGUUUAGAGGGACUAAAUAUUAUAGGCAGGCUAAUAAACGUCUCUUAUUUUAAAGAGAACUGUUUUUGUCUGUCCAAUAUAUUUGCAUUAUUCUCUUUAAAAAGAAUAUCAGUAUUUCGAACAAUUCGGAGAAAUUGAAGACAGUGUAGUUAUCCAAAAUUAUUUUAAUUUCUAAAAAAAAAUAAUUAUUAAAAAUAAAUAUUUUUUAAAACUAAUUUAGCAAAUAUAGUAAGAAAGGGUAUAUGAAAGAUAGGAUUACAGGCAAGCCCAGAGGUUUCGGCUUUAUUACUUACUCCCCCCCCCCCUCCGUGAGUGAACAAAACCAUUAGAAAAAUCGCUAUUUUUUGACCAAAAACCCACCACCCUCCGUGAGUAAACAAAAAUUUUUUAAUAUAAAUUUUUAAAAAAAAACAAAUUAACCCCCCUCCGUGAGUGAACAAGAUUUUUUUGUUCAAUCACGGAGGGUGGGGGAGUUACGAAAAACAAGAAUCUGUUGAAAAAGUUAUGAGAAAUUUUUCUAAUAAUUUCAUUCGGGAUCGAUGGGUAGAAUGCAAGAGGGCCAUACCUAAAGAAGAAAUGAGCAAUUCGGCAACUAUUAUUAUUGAACCGGAUUCGGGCUCAUCUGAAUUCACUGAGUGUGAAUUAAAAAGGUCGUGGUCUGAUAUACAUUAUCAAAUUGUAUUUCUCUAAUAAAUCUCCAAUGAUUUUUUUAAAAAAAAGCACCAUAAUAAAAAUUAUUAUAAAAAUUGUCCUCAUUCUCAACUAAACACACAAUAGGAAUAGCUGUGAAACUGAAGAGUUAUGUAGGAGCCUUGUUGAUUAUGUGUUAUCAGAUGAUGAUAGAGAAUAA